AUGCCACUUAAUUUUCUUAUAUUACCGGCACUUAUUACAUUCGAUAUUAGGGACGAUGGCGUCGAAGGCCUUGAAGCACAGUAUUUAGCGAAUGCAUUAAAAAAUAAUACGACGCUUACCAUAUUAAACCUCUAUGCGAAUAAUAUCGGAGAUAUCGGAACACAUCAUCUUGUCGAUGCAUUACAAACUAAUAGGACACUUACCAUAUUAAACCUCGGCUUCAAUAAAAUCGGCGCGGUUGGUGCACAACAUUUAGCAGAUGCUUUACAAAAUAAUGCGACGCUUACCGAAUUGAAUCUUUACCGCAAUGAAAUUGGAGCCGUUGGAGCACAGCAUCUAGCAGAUGCAUUACGAAAUAAUACCACACUUACUACAUUAAAUCUUGAGUGGAAUCAAAUCGCAGAUAUUGGAGCACAACAUCUUGCGAAUGCAUUACAUAAUAAUACGACGCUUACCACAUUGGAUCUCGGACCCAAUCAAAUCGGAGCUAUUGGUGCACAACAUCUGGCGGAUGCAUUACAAAAUAAUACGGCACUUUUCAAACUAAAUCUCUCCUACAAUCAACUUGGAGCUUUUGGAGCACAGCAACUGGCUGAUGCAUUACAAAAUAAUACGACACUUACCACAUUAAAUCUCUGCUCGGAUAGUAUCGGAGAUAUUGGUGCACAGCAUCUGGCGGAUGCGUUACGAAAGAAUAUGACCCUUACCGUAUUAGAUCUCACUUACAAUCAAAUCGGAGCUAUUGGCGCACAACAUCUGGCAGAUGCAUUAGAAAAUAAUACGACACUUAGCGAGUUGAAGCUCUCCAACAAUCAAAUUGAAACUGUUGGAGCACAACAUCUAGCAGAUGCAUUACGAACUAAUAUGACACUUACCACAUUAGAUCUCGGCCUCAAUAGAAUCGAAGCUAUUAGUGCACAGCAUUUGGCAGAUGCAUUACAAAAUAAUACGACGCUUAACGCAUUAUAUCUCCGCCAGAAUCGAAUCGAAGCUCUUGGAGCACAGCAUCUGGCUGAUGCAUUACGAAAUAAUACGACGCUUACCACAUUAGAUCUUAACAAUAAUCAAAUAGGAGACAUUGGAGCACAGCAUCUAGCAGAUGCAUUACAAACUAAUACAACAGUUACUACAUUGAAUCUUGGUUACAAUCAAACCACAGAUAUUGGAACACAAUAUCUAACAGAUGCAUUACGAACUAAUAUGACACUUACCACAUUAGAUCUCGAGCAAAAUCAAAUCGGAGCUGUUGGUGCACAGCAUCUGGCGGAUGCAUUACGAACUAAUACGACGCUUACCGUAUUAAAUCUCCGUAACAAUCGAAUCGGAGCUGUUGGAGCACAGCAUCUAGCUGAUGCAUUACGAACUAAUACAACACUUACUACAUUAAAUUUGUAUUCAGAUGAUAUCGGAGCUGUUGGAACACAGUAUCUGGCGAAUGCAUUACGAACUAAUACAACUCUUACCACAUUACUUAUCGGCAACAAUGGAAUCGAUGAUGAUGGUGCACAGGAUCUGCUGGAUGCAUUACAAAAUAAUACGGUAACUAUCAUUUUAUUGCUUAUCUAG